AUGACUGAAGUUGAAGGAACUCAUAAUAAUAGUGACACAGAAAUUGAGCAACUAAACCAAAAAAGAAUAAAAUUAAAUGAAAGACGUGAAGGGAGUAAAGUUAGAAGUUGGAUUUGGAAAUAUUUUGAGCCUAGUUUUAAGGAAGGAGUACGAUAUGCAGUUUGUAAAGUAGAAGUAGUAGUUGGGAAGGAAUGUGGAAAGACUUACAAGAUAGAAACGUCAACUAGUAAUUGUUCUGACCAUCUUGCAAAUAUUCACAGAAUAACUCAAAAACAAGAAGAGCUUAAUAAUUCCAAUAGCUUCUCGAGGACUCCUAUAGUAAGUUUAAUUUUAUUAAAUUACAUGUAG